AUCCCUGGAGUGUCCCAGGAGCACCCUGGGAGCAGGGAAGGUGUACCUGGAACCCCAAACCAUCCCUGGAGUGUCUCAGGAGCACCCUGGGAUCAUGGGGGUGCUCCUGCUGGGCUUUAGGGUCCUUUCCCACCCCAAACCACCCCUGCAGUGUCCCAGGAGCACCCUUGGAUCAUGGGGGUGCCCCUGGCUGGGCUUUAGGGCCCCUUCCCACCCCAAACCACCCCGGCAUUCUCUGCAGUUCUCCCUCCUGCCUCCUUUUCCCCUGCUGGACCCUGGGUGUGGGUGAGCUCAGCUCCUGGCGUGGCUCAGCGAGGCUGGGGCAGCUCCUAGGCUGGCUCUCCGGCCUAGGCAGGCUGGGUUUAAUUUCCAGGGCUAACAAAGGCUGUUUUGUCCGGGCCAGACGAGUCCUUGUUGCUCAGGUCCCAUCUGGAAGCGCCGCUCCCUCCCAGGGGCGAGGCUUUCCCAACUUCCUCCUCGGGAAAGGGAAAGCAAAUCAGCCUGGCUGGGGAUCCCAGCAGGGCCCUGAAGGGGAAGGCACAAACAGCAGCAGCUGCCUUUGCCACCCCACCCCAAAAUGUGGGGUUUGGGGGUGUCCUGAGCUGAGAAUCCAUCAGCAGGGUGGUGCUGAAGCCUCGCUGCAGGACUUGGCUGGCAGAAUUCCUGCUGGAGUUCAAGUGCAGUCACAGUUCUUGUUGCAGCUUGAAACGCAGCACUUGAAAGCAGAGCUGGGUGAGGAGGCUGCAGGUGUGCUCACCUGGGGCUCUGCUCCUGGCCUGGGCGAGUGUGGGGGCUGGGAUGUUCUGUUAGCCCUGAGCUGGGACUCACAGGCAGCAGGAUUCCAGAAUCCCGGCCCGGUUUGGGUUGGAAAACUUAAAUCCUAAAAGUGCCAGAGGCAGGGACACCUUCUGCUGUGCCAGGGUGCUCCAAACCCUGUCCAGCCUGGCCUUGGGCACUGCCAGGGAUCCAGGGCUGGUCACAGCUGCUCUGGGAAUUCCAUCCCUCCCAGCCAGGGAUCCCUUCCCAAUAUCCCACCCAGAUCCCCCUUUCCAGUUUAAACCCAUUCACUGUGUUGGGAUUCCAGUCCUUGUCCCAAAUCCCUCUCCAGCUCUCUUGGAGCCCCUUCAGGCUCUGGAAGUGGCUCCAAGGUCUCUCCCUGGAGCUUCCCUCCUGCAGCCUUCCCUUGAAUCCCACAGGGAACAGCCCUUAAUUCCCAGCAUCCCACCCAGCCCUGCCCUCUGGAGCCACUCCCUGUGUCCUGUCCCCCCAUCCCUGGUCCCCAGUCCCUCUCCAGCUCUCCUGGAUCCCUCGGGGGCUGUUAGCCUGGGUAACACCAUCUUGUCACCUCCUGCAUGGCAUCAGGGACUGCCAGGGUGGCUGGAAAGGCCUUCAAUCCCAAUCCCAGGGGCACCUCCCACUGUUCCCAUCCCCAUCCAGGGCCUUCAAUCCAAAUCCCAGGAACACCUCCUACUGUCCCAGGCUGCUCCCAGCCCCAUCCAGGGCCCUCAAUCCCAAUCCCAGGGACACCUCCCACUGUCCCAGGCUGCUCCCAUCCCCAUCCAGGGCCCUCAAUCCCAAUCCCAGGGACUCCUCCCACUGUCCCAGCCUGCUCCCAGCCCCAUCCAGGGCCCUCAAUCCCAAUCCCAGGACUCCUCCCACUGUCCCAGCCUGCUCCCAGCCCCAUCCAGGGCCUUCAAUCCCAAUCCCAGGGACUCCUCCCACUGUCCCAGCCUGCUCCCAGCCCCAUCCAGGGCCCUCAAUCCCAAUCCCAGGACUCCUCCCACUGUUCCCAUCCCCAUCCAGGGCCUUCAAUCCCAAUCCCAGGACACCUCCCAUUGUUCCCAACCCCAUCCAGGGCCUUCAAUCCCAUUCCCAGGACAUCUCCCACUGUCCCAGGCUGCUCCCAGCCCCAUCCAGGCCAUGCCGGGGCACUCCCAGGGAUGGAGCAGUCCCAGCUCCCUGUCCCCCUCUGGUUUCUGUUCCCCAGCUCUGUCCUGGCCUGGUUCUGUGUCCCAGGGAGUGUCUGCAGGCAGCAGAGGAGCCAGGCAGGCCCGGCAGUUUUUGGGAGUAGUUUUGUGGCACCUCAGUGCUCUGCCCGGAGCUGCCAAACUCGCCGUGCCAGAAGUUGCAGCCAACAUUUUUUCCAGCAGAGCAGUGGCCCCCCUGCCACCACAGCUGCCCGUGCCAGGUUUUUAAUCCAGUGCACACAGGCUGACAUCACAGGAGGGUUUGGAGCAAUCACUUCCUCAUCCACAGCUGCCAAGGGCUGGGGCUGCACCUCACAGCCCAGGUGACAUCACUGCUGCGUCCCCGAGGGCUGGGACAGCACAGCCACUCCUGCCCUGCACAUCUCUGCCUUAAAAAAACCCAAACUGAACCCAAACUUUAAUGCUUUUUAAAAAAAAACCAGGAAGGCAGUUCUGUAUGAGCACCCAAAAAAGGUGUUAAAAUAAAACAUUGUGGGGUAGAAACGCCUGGGAAUGCUUGUGAGGAGUUCAGAUAAACUCCAGGCUUUGGAAUUCCACCUGGGCCAGAGCAGGCCUUGUUUAUCUUUUCUGAAAUGGCUCUGUCAGUUGGAAAUGGAGAUUUGAAGUGGAUCUUUCUGUGCUGACACCUUGCAGAGUCUGGUGGGAUUUGCCCUCACCCCACUAAUGGGCUCGUGCUGCUCCUUGGAUUCCUUUUUCCAUCUUCCCUUUUGCACUUUCAGUUCCUUUGGGCUGAUUGUUCCUAUGAAAAGGCAGAGCUUGGAGAUAACACCAAUAAAAGCCAGCCCAUUUAUUUAUUCUAUUUUAUUUAAAUGCUCCUCAUUUCAUUUGCAGGGCUUGGUGCCUUUGAGGGCAGGUCCUGAUGGCUCAGGGCAAGUGGGAAGUUGGCUUGGGACUUUAACUCUUGCAAUUGGCUGAUAAAUUUUUAAUGUGGAUCUCUCUAAAUGAGAAAUAAGCUGAGUUUGUUUCCUUACAGCCUGAAGAAAGCAACUUUUUUAUUUCUUUUUUGAUGUCUUUUACAAAAGGUUUUGUGUUCUCAGCUUGCUGUCAGAAUGAAGUUGCACCUCCCAGAGAAAUCACAUUAAGUUGUUAAAAUAUUGUAUUCAGAGACAAAGGCCUUGAGUGAUUUUUGUCCUAUUUGGUUAAAAUUUAUAAAUAAAUCUCAACUUUACCAACAUUGGGGGUGUUAAUUAUCCCUUUGACAGGGAAUGACCCCAGCACUCCCCUCAGCUGUGUUGUGAAUAUUCCAGUCACUUUGGUGGCCCCUUUCCCACAUUUUCCACUCAGAAUUAACAUGGGUUAAGAUAAACUUAUCCCUGUUCAGCUUUUGGUGGGAACCUGGCUAAAGAAGGCAGAGAAUAACCAAAUUUUGGGGUCUUUCCCAACUCAGUAUUGAGGUGCUAAAGCCCCUCAGGGCUGGAGAAAUUAAACCAGGACACCUGAAAAGCCCAAGGGGCAGCACCUGCAGUGGCCAUGCCAAAAUCCCAGCGUGACAUCCCCACCUCCUGGUGGUAAAAGUGCCAAAAAAUGGAGUUAUUUUGGUCAGGAGAAAGGCUGGGGGUGGGAAAGCUGCUGAGACAGCACCAAAUGUUGCAGAAUUCCGUGGUUCUGGCAGUCCAUGGUGGAUACAGGAAUAGGUGGGGGAAAUUCCUGUUCCCAGGUAGAUCCCUGGAAUAAAGGAAAGGGUGAGAAAAGAGCUGCUGGAAUAGUUGAAAUGGAAUUUUGUUAUGUAAGGCUGUGGAAAAAUGUAACUGCAGAGAAGCAAUCUCCUUGUUUUCCUGCUUAUCAGUUGGAGUUCUGAUAAUCCUGUGAGACAGGAGGUGAUGGAGCAGGUAUUGAUUGUGGGAUUGGAUGGAAAAAUCCAAUCUGCAGGGAGGCAAUCUCCUCCUGGAAACUUUCCUGCAAUUUAUCAGUUGGAGUUGAAAUAAUCCUGGAAACAGGAGCUGCUGGAGCAGGUGCUGGUUGGUGCUGGGUGUCCCUGUGAAAUGGGGUGUGUUCAAUGCUUUGGCAGCGUUUCUCUGGGGGUUUUCAGGAUUUUGGGGUUGACUGUGGGUGUGCACCCCA